AUGGAUACUAUCGGCUAUGACACCACGUUCGGUGCGGCCUUCAUUGGUUUCGGAUGUUCUGCCGUAUUACUUGGGAACCUCAGCAGCCAGAUGUACCAAUACUUCCGGCGAUAUCCCCAAGACCGUCCGUUCUACAAGGCCUUGGUGGCAGCGCUAUGGAUCCUGGAAGUCGUCGACUCUGCGUUCAUCGCGUACGCAGUGUACUUCUACCUGGUCACCAACUGGGGGAAUCCUCUCAUUCUCAUCGAGCGCGCUCAAUGGUCCCUAAUCCUCCAAGUCACACUAGGCGCGACGGCGGGAGCGAUCGUGAAAGCGUGCUUCGCCAUGCGUGUCUGGAGAUUCAGUAAUUGCAAUAUCUGGAUCACGAGCCUCAUUCUGCUUUUGACAUUCGGCCAGCUUGGGAUGGCAUGUGUCUACACCGUGCAAGCGUUCCAGCUCGCCAACCUCACCAAGCUCGCCGAUCUGAAGGUCGUCGGCACCAUCUCGCUCGGUCUCGGGGUAGCGACGGACAUAGUCACCGCCCUCGCCCUGUGCUACUUCCUGCGGAACUUGCGUACAGGGUAUUCGAAGGAUGACUCGCUCGUGAACAGGCUAACGAUCUAUGCGUUGAACACGGGCGUCAUUACCAGUGCGAUCAGUCUGGCCACUGUUAUCUUGUACGAUAUGAUGCCUGAGAACUUCAUCUUCAUGGGCUUCUACUUCGUCCUGAGCAAGCUGUACGCCAACUCCUUCCUGGCCACGUUGAAUACCCGCAGGGUCGUCCGCGGUCGUGGCACCGACAACGACCAGACUACGAUGCCCACAUUCCUCAUGCUCGAUAAGGCAACACGGAUGGGAUCGCAGCUUGACCCGGAAACUGCCACGGGAACUGUUGUAACAGUAGAGGUCGGCGUGCAUCGAGAGGUAUCGAUUCACAAUGACUACUCGCAACCAUACGCCGUCGCCCUAUAAAAAGGACCGCUCUCCCUCAGAACCGCAACAACACCAAGACCGCGCUACCCGCACUAGGGGCCCUCGUUCGACACUUACCUUCUGACUCGCUCGUACCUGCGCUUGCCUUCGUCUAGAUUCUGGCCAGGCGCGCCCUCUUUGACAGAUCUGCUGGUCGUUGUUUAU